AUGAGAGAAUGUUACGUGGAUAAUCUUUCAGAGGAUGGAUACAAAAACAACUAUUCACUUCCUUGUCAGGGACUAGCACUGGAUAUCUACCUCGCUGUUCAUAGCUUGAGAAAACUUACCAAAUGCAAGUUCAUACAUCAUCUUAACAAGAUCACCACAAGGCUUUUCCCAGCUGUACACCUUGAAGNGACUGUUCACUUUGUUUGCCUUGCAGAUCGGUAUCAGUGCAAAAUACCAUCAGCUGUCGAGAAACAAACUUUGCACAAAGCAGGCUUAGGAUUAAAAAAGAUCAAGCUACUCUUAGAUGAUGAUGCAAGUGCGGUGUAUGAGAAGCUUGUCUCGAGUGAAAAGGACGAUGUAGGUGAUGUGAAGGGGUUUCCCCAAUUACGUGAAGCAGGAGGAUUUGAUAUGCUACAUUGCCUACCAAAUUGCCGGGAUUUAACACCUCUUAAGUGUUCCUGGGCUGCCAGAGAAAUAAGAAGUAAUUUAGGAGGGCAAUCCAAAAUUUACCUGAGGCCAAUCCAAAAAGAUCUGUCCACUAAAUCUCUCAUACCACAGAAUUCUUGUGAAGUAAAAGAGAAAUGCCUGGCUUGCCAGAAAGAAUUCCCAAUGAGUGAACUCAGAACACACUCUUUUUACAUGUGUACAGGUGGAUUUAAUAGUGGAUCAGACUCAGAGGGUGACAAUGGCACAACUAGUUGCAUUCUGGAAGGAAUAUCAACUGCUGACUCUAGAAGUGAAUCGUCAGUGAGUCCAGUGAUGUCCCAAGCUCCACAACAAAUACAGGAAGCAAACCCAGUCAUAGAAGUUUCUAACUCACCUGCACCUGUACAUGUACCUGAAGAGAAAGAAGAUAAUAUUGAUACUGCCGUUGGAAAAGUUGUAACCUUUUGCCAGACAAACAAUGUACACAAUCCCGUGGAAGUUCUCCGAUGUAUGCAGAAAGAAAUUGUUACUGGCAGGAGAUUGGAAUUAGAAUCUGACAGUGAAGUGUUGGAGGGGGAGACAAACUACAUCAAUGUAGACAGAAUGAAUAUACUUGAAACAGCAUUCGAGGAAAUAGGGGCUCUGGAAAACCUUGGCCUCACUCUGGAGGUUUCUUUUUAUGGGGAGAAAGCACGUGACUAUGGAGGUCCGAGGUGAGAGUUCUUCCGGCUCACACUCACAGCUAUUAAAGAAAAGUAUUUUGACAAUGGCAUACGUGACCUUCUUGCAGAUGAUUACUGUAUUGGAGUGAUAAUUGGUUUAAGCAUCAUUCAGAAUGGAAAGAUCCCCCAGUUCUUUUCAGAGGAUCAGCUGGUAAACAUCUUUAACAGCAUCCAAUCAUCAGCAGCUUAUUGUAAUUUACAGAAAGGAUUGGACAAAUUAGGAAUAUGUAUGGUCUGCAAACAGCUGCCGCUUCUUGUCCACAUUUUCAGACCAAGCCCAGCAGCCAAACUUACCAUCAAGAAACUUACAAACCUUUUAACACCAAUAUUUGCUGAGGAUGGAUCAAACCAAAGGCACUUUGAGGGAAUUGUGUAUAGGGCUUUCUGUAGGUACCUGAGAGAGGUACAAAGUGGAAGGAGAAAGAGAGUAACUCUGGCCCAUGUUUUGUGGUUUGCAACAGGGUCAGAUGAAGAACCCCUGUUGGGAUUUAAAUUGCAUCCCUCGUUGCUCUUCACUGCAGCUGUACAGUCCUUUCUGCCAAUAGCUAACACAUGUA